AUGCUCUCCAUACUUCGCAAAGCGCGGUUGAAGGAUAAGGAGAUGCGUAUUCUGAUGCUAGGACUUGAUAAUGCCGGAAAGACCACCAUCGUCAAGAAGAUCAUGAAUGAAGAUGUCAAUACUGUCAGUCCUACGCUGGGUUUCAUCAUCAAAACCAUUGAUUUCCAGGGUUACAAGCUCAAUAUCUGGGAUGUUGGAGGCCAGAAGACUAUAAGAUCAUACUGGAGGAACUAUUUCGAGAAGACUGAUGCUCUCAUCUGGGUGGUGGACGCCACAGACCGACUACGGAUGGACGACUGCAAGGCCGAGCUUAAGGGACUGCUGCUUGAAGAGCGGUUAGGCGGAGCAAGUCUGCUGGUCUUCUUGAACAAGACCGACGUAGCAGGUGGGAUGACCCAGGACGAGGUCACGCAGCUGCUUGAUCUCCAGCGGAUCUUGACUCACCGUUGGGUUGUUAUCCCUUGCAGUGCAAUGACGGGCGAGAAUCUGGAGAAAGGCCUGGAUUGGGUAGUGCAGGAUGCGCGAGAUCGGUUGUUCUUGUACUAA